AUGGUAGACAAUAGUUCGACUUUGAUUGUAGAUAAGCAGCUACUAGAAUCUUGUUUACAGUGUCCAAUUUGCUUUGAAUAUUUCACAAUCCCUAUAUAUCAAUGCGACAGCGGACACUCAAUUUGUGAUCGCUGUUCUCAAAGAACCCAAAAAUGUCCUUCAUGUCGAGAGCCAAUAGGCCGAAAACUUCGAAAUUAUCACCUGGAGCAGCAGCUUUACCAAUGUGAAUAUACCUGCCAAUUCAGUGGCUGCAAUGAAAGAGUAAAGCUUUCAGGAAGGCUUGAGCAUGAAGAAGAAUGCCGACACAACCCUAAUUUUCAAUGUUUAUUGACUAACUGCAAAUGAAAAGGACAGCUCGACUCGUUAUUGACUCAUUUAAAUAGCAAGCACAAAAUCCCUCAUUAUGAUAUCACAGGAAAUACAGCUGAAUAUUCAUCAAGAUUAAGAUCCAGCUCACUCCCUCCAACUGCUGGAUGCGUGAAGCUUUUGCAUACAUUUUAUUUAGCUGAGGACCAAACCUGUACAAUUUUGACUUAUAUAUUUAUGGACUCUAUGAAAAAUUUAUUUUAUCCUCAGUUUAGAACAUUAGGAAAAAGUCCUGCAAAAUUCAAUUUGAAAAUUUGGAAUACUGAUUCUGAUGAAAAUGAUGAAAUUGUCAUUGCAGGGAUGGCGAAAACUGCGAAAAGCAGCUUAGAUGAAGAAAGAGAGAAAAAACAAUGUGUAGCAUUAGAUCUGGAAAGUCUGAUUAACCGAUUCGCCUUUCAAGAUAAAGUUGAAAGAGGGCAUAAAUUACUGCACUAUAGACUUACAAUAGAACUUACUUACUUAUUUACUUACUCCCCCCCUCCGUGAGUGAAAAAAAAACAUUAGAAAAAUCGCUAUUUUUUGUCAAAACCUCACCCUCCGUGAGUGAACAAAAAUUUUUUUUAUAGAAAAAUUUUUUAUGGAAAAAAUUUUGAUAUAUUAAUGAUAAUUAGUAUAAUUAAAUCUAGAGCUAAUUCUGUUUAAUUAAACGAAUUGCUUUUUUUAAAACAUAAAUUUUAUAAAUUAAAUUAAUAUUUGCUUUCCAAUUUUUGCGAAUUAGGAUUUUUUUAAAUUUAAAAACAAACAUUUUGUAUAAAAUUUAUAUAUAAAUUUUUUUAAAAAAAAAAAAAAAUUAACUCCCCUCCGUGAGUGAACAAAAUUUUUUUUGUUCACUCACGGAGGGGGGAUGUAGGUGUUUAAAGUGUCUUCCCUCUUCCGCAGGAUGAUUUAGGCAUGCAUAAGCCCAUCCUUUUAACUCCCAACUAGUGACGUCAGCAGCGAUCCUCCCUAUAUGUAGGCAUUCCAGAAGAUUUCACUCGUCAGGCCAGAAGGUCCGCACUGGCCGCGUUGCCUCGCCCGAACUUGACUCAUGCGUGUAUUCGCCUAAGGAUCACCCUCCCCGGGUGUGUCAAGCACAAAAACCACAUGUCUCCUAAUACCCUGGACCGAAGAAAAUACCCUAUGCGGUAUUCCAUAUUGGUGUUGCAGAUAAAGAUCCACGUGGAAAACUAAGCCCCAUAUAAUAAAAGCGAAGGAAGGAAUAGUUCUCGGAGAGAACUAAUUCCGCACUGAUCCAUAUUAUUAUGACUUACAAUAGAACAAAAAGAAGUUUAA